UUUGAUUCUAUACAAUCGCUAGGUUGUUUUCAGAUAGUUUUACAAAUGCCUGACUGACUUAUUUUGGCAAUAUUGCGAUCCGUAGUUUAGAGAAAUCAGCUCGAAUCUUGUCGACAUACCAACAGUAGGUGACCUCGAAGGAUCCUACUUUAUUUUGCAUCACCUUCUCUCUCUCAACCAUCGGUUUAAGCUCAGCCAUCUGGUUAGCCUUGCGUUCAUAUCAAAGUUACCCUUCUGGGAAUCAUUUGUUUUGUACUCAAACGUCGGCUAUUUGUGACCCUUAAACCCCGUUUGAAAGGAGCGGCCAUUUGACCAUACAAUGUCUAAUGAUUCGGACCAAUCGAACGGCCACAAUUGUGGUGAUGGUGAUUCUGUCGCCGACUUGCCCAACAUAUCAGAAGCCGCAUCCGACUCGCCCUCGGCUGCACUCGUGGUGAGGCCCACGAUGAGUCACACUACCUCGGUGACUAUGGCCCAGCCAGUUCCAGUGGAGAGACAGACCACUCUGGUGCUGCAGGGAUACCUGAUGGAGGAUGCCUCCACCCACAACUCUGGAGACAGUGUCCAAACCUUUUUCGACUCCCUGGAAGGCACCGGGCGCAGGUCCGAAUCAGACGAGACCUUGUUCCAGCUGGGGCUUGAAAUAAACAGGGCUUCUCUACAGCUCAGAGUGCGCUACCAGGACGACUUCGAGGCCAUGAUGGGGGAGCUAGGAGACAGUGUAGGACAGAUCAUAGAGGGACUGGGCCAGAUAGCUGUGCGACUGUUCUCGAACCCUCAAGAGAUAUCCUGGUCUCGCAUCCUCACCUACUUCAGCUUCGCCUCCUGGGUCAUCCUCAAAAAAGGUUUUGAUCUGCUGAAGCAAGUGUGGAGCAAACUAGUCGAGAAGCUAAACGAACUGCCCGUGGUGUCUUGGAUCGCACGGAUGGGCGGAUGGGCCAACAACGGUAAUGCCAUCAAAGAAGACAUCGAAAAGGAGGCCAACAAACCAUCACUCCCGCACCUGCCCGAACUCAUCAGAACUCCAGAUUCACAUCCGGAGGACCACCCAGACCAAGGUGGUCCAACAGCUGUUGAAGGACCACCAGGAACCCUGCAGCAGCAUCGUCUCAGUUCUUACACAUUCCCGGCUAGCGUAGUGGUCGGGAUAGCGGUGAUUGCUAGUGGUGUUUUCUACCUUCUACGCAAACGGUAGCUCCUCAAUGAGCACAAAUUGCCAUCUGAUUGGCAAGUUGGGUGCGACACCGACGCUGAUAUUUUAUUUUCCAACGGCCUUUCCUAAAUUUCACAUUAAUCUACGUUUUAUUGAAACUUGCCAUAUGCCUUCUCCAAACAGUGCAUUAACACGUGCUUUAAAUUGGAUGCAACAAUCUUCUGUUUUUAUUUGAAACUGAGUACCGUAAAUAUAAUUGUGUUCGUAGAAACAAGAUUGGGGAAGAGCGAACAGACUAAGAAGUUGCGUACAGACUGGAUGUGCUAUAAUAUGGAUGCUGUCGAUUCUAAAUAUCUAUCUGUUCGUUGUCUAAGGGCAAUCAUCUAUUUUGAAAUUGGAUGUUCGUCUUUAGUGUGAGUUUGUUGAAGGUAUUAACUAUAUAAAAAUAUGACGCUUGAAUAGAAGUUUUGAAAAUACCCGCCGCUAGUAGUCAGCUAUCUAUAAUACAAGAACCUCAUGCUAGUGGCUGCCACCUGACCGAAGUUGUUAACGUGCUGUGCACCUUGCAAAAACUUGGGUACAAAUUUUUGCACCUACC